AUGACUAGCCAACUAGACAGAAGGUUUGGACAGUUACGACAAGUUGAAGAAUUGAACGCAGCGGAGCUUGCACGUGAUGAAAAGCUUGAUACUUUAAAACGUAAAAAAUCGGGUAUAAUGAUCAAAAAUUUAAGAAAUGAUACAUAUUCUUCAUCUAAUGAAUAUAUGCAAGAACACUCAAAGUUUAGUUCAAACUUGAAAAAUAAACAUUCUCAAGCACUUCUUAGUCGAUCACCACCACUAAAUAAUAAAUCAGUUACACUUACAAAUAACGGAAAAUUACGCCAAGCUGUACAAACUUUUCCACAUAUUGAGACUUCUUUAAAUGGUUCUAAUGUCAAUAAUUCAAAAUCUCUUCGUCAUAAAUCUUCAACAAAGAAUAUGUUUGGAGCUAGUAGUGAGAGUGAUAGUGAUAACACAAAAGCAAAUUCAUCCGAUGAUAGUGAUAAUGACGAUGACAGCGGAAGUGAUGGAUCUUCUUACGCUCCUUACGUUCUCAAUAGAUCCAAAACAUUAAGAACAUUACCUUCUUCUUCUAAAACAACUUCCAAAGGAUCAACAUCUCCGACUGGAAUUUUAUCACAGAAUUCAUCAACAAAUAAACUUAAUCGUGCUAAAACUUAUGAACAUGACAAACAAGGUUCAUCUAAAAAUAUACAACCAAGGGAACUUAUUGAGAAAGAAAAGAGAAAUGGUACACGUGAUAGAAACGAUGAUGAUUUGACUAAAUACAGGCAAAAAGAUAGAGAGUAUACAAAAUAUAGAGAGAAUG